AUUACAAGCGCAAUUGAAUUUACCGGCAAAACGCCAUUAGUUCGAAAAGCGCCACACAUCAUCUAGCGACGCUACUUGCUGAUGAAGCGCGAGUUGUUUUCCCCCUCCAGUAGGCUGACGAAGCACGUCUCUUCCAUUUGCAAGCGGCUCUUUUGGAUUUGAGCCAUGGGUCGUGUUAUUCGAGCUCAACGUAAGGGAGCUGGAUCCGUUUUCCGCUCUCACACGAAGAGAAGGAAGGGAGCACCCAAGCUUCGAUCUCUCGACUUCUCCGAAAGGCAUGGAUACAUUAAGGGUGUCGUUAAGGACAUAAUUCACGAUCCGGGUCGUGGAGCUCCCUUGGCAGUGGUGCACUUCAGAGAUCCGUACAAGUUUAAAACUCGCAAGGAAUUAUUCAUCGCACCUGAGGGCAUGUACACAGGCCAAUUCUUGUACUGUGGUAAAAAAGCAAACUUGCAGAUCGGCAAUGUGAUGCCGGUUGGUACAAUGCCUGAAGGUACCAUUGUGUGCAACCUCGAGGAAAAGACCGGCGAUCGUGGCCGGCUUGCAAGAGCAUCCGGUAAUUAUGCUACUGUUAUCGCUCACAACCCUGACAGCAAAAAGACGCGCGUCAAGUUGCCAUCCGGUGCAAAAAAAGUAAUUCCGUCGAACAACAGAGCCAUGGUCGGUAUUGUUGCCGGUGGUGGUCGUAUCGACAAACCCAUCCUCAAGGCUGGUCGUGCCUACCACAAGUACAAGGCUAAGAGAAACUGCUGGCCAAAGGUUCGUGGUGUUGCUAUGAAUCCUUGUGAGCAUCCUCACGGUGGUGGUAAUCACCAGCAUAUUGGUAAGGCUUCAACGGUAAAACGUGGAACGAGUGCUGGUCGGAAGGUCGGUCUCAUCGCUGCUCGUCGUACCGGAAGAAUCAGAGGAGGAAAGACAGACACCAAGAAAGACGAUUAGAUCAAUUAUUAUUGAUCAUCGUGUGGUCUUUGUUGUACAAUAAAAAAAAAUUAAAAAAAAAAAACUAAAAAAAUCGCAA